AGAAACGAGAAGCGCUCGUGGAAACGGCUGGCAGUUAGAAGAGCUUGGACCACCGACCCACUCAGCUGAAACGACGGUACCCACCUUUUAAUCUUCAUCACAGAGCUCAUAAAAAGUACUCGUCCAUCACUUUUUACACCUGGGUAUUAAUUGUUUUCCAAUGAAGUGGAUAUGAUGUUUAAGAGAAAUAAAUACAAGAGAUAAAUAAGGUAACAGACUUAAGCAUCACUGUUCCUCCACGACAACUUCUCUGAACGCCUUAUGAUGGAAUUCUCUGGUUUACUGUCAGAAGAUCAGAACUGAACAUCACCAGGACUUCACAACGGGGUGGUGGAUCCAGAGCCUAGUGAGCACAGGAAGGAGGCAGGAGGCAGGAAUACACACUGGAUGUGGUGCCAGUCAAAUGAAAGACAGAUAGAAUCUCAGAGCAUGGGUUGGAAAAGUAACUACUGGCUUUUAAUGUUGUUUGUGUUGUGGAUAACUACUGUGGGUGGAGGGGAGCCCAAAACCCAACCAACCACAGACUUUUCUCUCAUUCCUGCUAUGGAGAAACUGGAAGAGGAGCACCAGAUUAUGACAGAAUCUCAGUAUAAAUGUCUGGAACUGUUGAGCAGAGAAGGCAUGCACAACAAAACAGCUUCCCACUGUAGGCGGUUUUGGGAUGGCUGGCUGUGCUGGGAUGAAACUCCAGCUGGGACUUAUGCUUCUCAGAGCUGCCCAGACUACCCUCCCUUUGACACCUCAGAAAAAAUAACCAAAUACUGUGAUGAAUCUGGUAAUUGGGCCCACGGCACAUCAAUAAAUAAUACCUGGUCUCAGUGUCUCAGCAUCUCAAAGGACAAAUUAAAGAAAGAGUCUGUUUAUGGUGAAGUAGAGCCAGAUACCACAGCAGAAACCCUGGUCAGUCCUGUGGAAACCGAGAAAACAGAGGAAAGGAAGAAAAUCAUCGAUGGUCAAUAUAAAUGUUUUGAGAAAAUGAACAGAGACUCACCAUAUAACAAGUCAGGACUUUACUGUAACCGGACAUGGGAUGGAUGGCUCUGUUGGGAUGAUACACCUGCAGGAACAUACACAACUCAAAACUGCCCUAAUUACUUCCCUGACUUUGACCCCACAGAAAAGGCCAUAAAAUAUUGUGACGAGACUGGGAACUGGUUUCUACAUCCUGAGACAAACAGAACAUGGUCCAACUACACCCUCUGCGUUGCAUAUACUAAGGACAAGUUAAAGAAUGCAUACAUUCUGUACUACAUGGCAAUCGUGGGUCACGCUUUGUCCAUUGCAUCCCUUCUCAUCUCUCUGGCAAUAUUCUUUUACUUCAGGAGUCUAAGCUGUCAAAGGAUCACCUUGCACAAGAAUCUGUUCUGCUCUUAUGUGCUCAAUUCCGCCUUCACUAUAAUCAACCUCACAUGUGUGGUCAGCAACCCUAAAGUUGUGGAGAGGAACCCGGUUGGUUGUAAGGUACUACAGUUCUUCCACAUGUACAUACUGGGCUGUAACUACUUCUGGAUGCUGUGUGAGGGCAUCUAUCUGCAUACUCUUAUUGUGGUGGCAGUUUUCGCUGAGGAGCAGCAUCUUCACUGGUAUUAUCUCUUAGGUUGGGGCUUUCCCUUGGUGCCUGCCUCUAUCCAUGCAGUGGCAAGAAAAAAGUAUUUUGAUGACAAUUGCUGGAUGAGCGUGGAGACCCAUCUGUUGUAUGUGGUUCAUGGACCCAUUGUGGCAGCUUUAUUAGUGAACUUGUUCUUUCUGCUGAACAUAGUGAGGGUUUUGGUGAUGAAGCUGAAGGAUACUCAUCGUGCAGAGUCCAACAUGUACAUGAAAGCAGUACGAGCCACCCUUAUUCUCGUGCCCUUGUUAGGAAUCCAAUUUGUCAUAUUUCCAUGGAGGCCAGAAAACCGUUUGGCCGGAGAAGUAUAUGACUAUAUCAUGCACAUACUACUGCAUUACCAGGGCUUGUUGGUGGCAACAAUAUUCUGCUUCUUCAAUGGAGAGGUUCAGGCUACUCUGAAGCGGCAGUGGAUGCAGUACAAGGUGCAGUGGGGUCAGCGACGCCGUGAACACUGGUCCAUGCGUUCCACUUCAUACACCACCACGUCCAUCACAGAGGUGCCUGCUUUCAUGUUCCACUACGACAACAACAGUGAGCACUUGAACGGCAGACAUGUCGAUGACUCAGCAUGAACAUGUGGCUCUCCAGUUCAAACACAUCUACACCUGAGGCACAAACCAUCAGAGAAAUAUAUGACAAUUAUUUUCAAAGAAUGCCAUAGGAAUGAAGGAAACAAAGGAAACUGGAGAAGUCCUUGCAGAUUCUCUCAUCUCAGGGAGACAACAUGACACCCAGUACAGUACAAGUGUGUGGCAGCAAUGUCUCUCUGAGACGUGUGACGGAGUGUACACCACCAUUCAAAAGUUUGGAAUAAUCUGUUAUAUAUUCAAAAUACAUUAUUUUAUUUAUUAAAAUCAUAAACUAUAUAUUAUACACAUAAAUAUUUUCAAUGUUUUUUUAAAUAUAUUAUAAAAAAAAAGCAGUGUUAUGAAUUGAUAAAUCAUAUGCAGAAAGUAUUUAUGUUUAUACAACAGUAGUGAAUUCUCAAAAACUGUUGGUCAACAGGUGUUGAUUAAUUUUAUUAAUGUCAUUCUUUAAUAAAUUGAACAACCCUGAUCAUUAAGACAUCGCUACAUUAUAUGAGGAUUACCUCUUUGGAACAUGCUCUUUAUGGAAAAUGAUCAACUUCAGGGUGGUAACAGUACGUCUACUUAAUGUAAGGCUACAUCACCCCACCGCAUCAUUGAUGAUUUUCCUGUAACAGCGUGUCCUGCCAUGUUCUAAUCCUUACAUAAUCAUUUCUCUUGAGUACUGAUCACUGAUUUAGAAAAUGUUCAGUAAGCUAUUUAAAAUUUUUGAAUCUAGAUCAUUCUUAUUAUACUAUCUAAAGAUCUGCAUAUUCUCAGUGCCAUACAGUGCUGUACGUACAUCUUAAUAAUUACAAACAUAUCUACAUUUUUAUUUUUGGUUUUCUACAAAUAAAUAGAAUUUUAUAAAGCUAUAAGAGUGGUAGCAUGAUAUUAAAAUUGAUUUUUAUAUUACUUCCAAAUUUAUAUGUAAUUCCAAAUUUUUGAAUAGUACUGUACUGUGUGUGUGUGUGUGUGUGUGUGUGUGUGUGUGUGUGUGUGUGUGUGUGUGUGUGUGUGUGUGUGUGUGUGUGUGUGUGUGUGUGUGUGAUGUACAUGUUUUCUCUUCAUUCUGCUGCUUUAAAGAGGCAAACACUGAGGUGGCAUUCCUGAAGAAUGUGACAGAUUUUAGCUGCUACUCCCUACUAGAACUUUAUGGACCUACACUCACAACCACAAAAGUUGCUUCACCGAAACCAAAGGGUGUGUUGGUUUUCUGGAUGUCAAGAGACUGAUAAGUUUUGGGAAUUGAAUGACUAACUAUGAUCCUCCAGAGGAUUUGGGCCACUGGGUGAAUGUCUUUAAAAUAUGGAAAAGUUCCUCUGUGCCUACGUUCUGGAUUCCUGUAAAUAAACUCAUCAGGUUAAAUUUUAAAGUGUCAAAGUAAGUGGUGAGGAGUUCUAUUUUUCUGAUGGUUUUCUUUUCUUGUGUUGUGAGAUUUCUGACUUUCCUGUUUGUAGCAGCUGUACUUUUUGCUGUCUGUGUCACAAUAUAGAAAACAAAAGAACAUCACUUUUAGUAGUGUUUGAAGCUGAUUUAUAAACCCAGGAUGCAAAUGCAUUCUAAAACCACAAAAAUGAAAGUCUAAAUGAAUAUGUGUUGACUUUCAUGUUGAAGUAUGCACUCUGUUUGAUCAAGGCCAUUAUUGUCCAAAACCUUUCUUCAUCUGCAUUGAAAGAGCUGCUUCGUACACCAUGUUUAACAUGUUUUUCAGAGUUUGGUGUUAUUCAUUUCAUCUGACCUGCAAGUGUACUUCUUUUAAUUUAAGGGUAAAGUUUAGCUUGUAUAUGUGCAUUGUGUUAUUGUGUUUGUAAAGUUUAAAACACUCUUGACGGGUCAAAUUUCUUUGUGAUUUCUGCCAGGAUACUGGACCUGAUAUUUACCAUGUAAAUGUUUCUAGCUCAGUGUGGUGUUGGUUUAUCAUGGUGUACAUACUCCCAGCAAAUCAUGAUGCUUCAUCAAAGUAUAUAGCAUAUUAUAAGUCUAAGGUUUUCUUAGAAAUUCAUCCAAUGCCAAUUACUUUUGUCUUCUGUUGACUAAAUGGGCUGGCUAUAUGACUAUCAGACUCUCAGACUAAUGGUUAUUGAAUUUUCUAUUGUUAUUUUUGAAGCAGUUUUAUUCAUCUCUUAAUAUUUGUAUUACUAUUACUUAAAGUUGCUUAUACUUCAUUAUAUCUCCAGAUCAUAAACAACUGAUGCAGUGAUUAAUUUGUUUAAUGACUUAAUGUUAAAAUGAACACAAUUAGAGAAAACAGUAUUUUAUUAAGUUUAACAUAAUACUAUACACCCAGAUUCUUUAUAAUACUGGUGUAAAAUUACAUAUUCACCUGAAAAAUGAGGAACUUUUAUUUCUUUUGUUGUUGUUUUUGUUUUCAGAACAUCUCUACAAUCACUUCGUUCUAAAACAGCAUAUUAAACAGUGCAGUAAUCAACAGUUUUGAAUUCCUGACUGAAGCUUUAAUGCAUGGUGCCAGUAUUCUUUCUCAGAUCUCUUUAUAUGUAAUCCACUUGUUGAUGCCUGCAUGUUACAUCUCUAUACAACUGAACAUUUCAAGCUUGCAGAAAACAUCACCUGUCAAGUCACUUUGUUCAUUUAGGUCUCAGAUAUCAAAUGCAAAUGAAACAUUUUAAUUUAUGUACUGCUGCAUCUUCAGAAUGGACAGAAGCACAGAAGCAGUAUUCAUUCUGAUAUUCAGCAUAAAAAAUAAAUCAAUUUUCAAUUGUA